AUGAUUCUGGCGCAGGGGCUGGUGCGUCACGUGCUGGGCCGCGAGUGGCGGUGGCCAGAGGCGGCGCGCCAGCAGCAGGCGGCAGCGGCGCCGGCGCUGGCGGCGGCGCCGGCCGAGGCGCCCCCCAGGCUGGCCCGCCUGCUGGAGCUGUUUUGGGACACGCCCGCAGAGCGCAACCCCUUCUCCCUGCACAGCCUGUGCCGCGCGGGGCAGGCGUGCGGCGUGGUGGCGGGGCGUUGGCUGGGGCCCUGGGUCAUGUGCAAGACGCUGGCGGCGGCGGCGGGCGCCGCGCGGCGGCAGGGAGUGGACUUGGGUCUGACGGUCGCGGUGCUGGCAGAGAGCGGCGGCGGCGCGCCCCUGCUGGUGACCAGCCGCUUCGAGCCCGCCUUUGGCGCCGGCGGGCCGCCGUCGCAGGGCCAGGAUGCCGCGGCGCAGCAGGGGCAGCAGCAGGAGCGGGAGCAGCGGCAGCGGCAGCAGGGCACGGAUGGGAGCGCGGCGGCGGCGGCGGAGCUGGUGCCUGUGGGCAGCGGCAUGCUGGCUGUCGAGCCGCCCUCGCUGGCCGCCAGCGUCAGCCAGCUGACGGGCGGCGGCGGCGGCGGGCGCGGGCUGGUGCUGCUGGUGCCGCUGGUGCUAGGGCUGGGGAAGCUCAACCCGCGGUACAUCCCGCAGCUGGAGGCGGUACUGGCCAUGCCUCAGAGCAUCGGCAUCGUGGGGGGGCGCCCCUCAUCCUCCCUCUACUUUGUGGGCUUCCAGCACCUGCACCAGCACCAGCACGCAGCGGCGCCGGCGCCGGCGGCCGCGGCCGCGGCACCGGCAGCCGGCGCUCCCGCGGCAGUGGGGGCGGCGCCGGCUGAAGCCGCGGCAGCGCCCCUGGGCGCGGCGCCGGCCGCGGCGCCAGCCGCGGGGCCCGCAGCGGCGGGGCCCGCAGCGGUGGCGGCGGGAGGCGCGGCCGGGCGGGAGGCGGGGGCGGGGAGCGCCGCCGCCACCAGCAGCGUGAUCUAUCUUGACCCGCAUCAAGUGCAGGAGGCGGCCGCCUGCCCCGACGACUGGCGCACCUUCUGGUGCGAGACGCCUCGCUCCAUGCCGCUGCCCUCCAUCGACCCAUCCCUGGCCCUGGGCUUCUACUGCUCCUCCCUGGGCGAGUACCGAGACCUGUGCAGCCGGCUGGAGGCGCUGGAGCGGCGGUCGGGCGGCGCGCCGCUGGUGUGCGUGGCCACCCAGGCGGCGGCGGCGAGGUACGCCUCGCCGCACGAGACAGAGUGGGAGCCCGAUGAGUUGAGCUCGGAGGGAGAAGAGGAGGAGGAGGGCGGCGCUGGCAGCGCGGAGGAGGCGUGUCAGGAGGAGCCCGUGGUGCUUCAGCCCGAUGUGGUGGCAGAGGCGGAGGCGGCAGUGCCGUCGCCGCCGCCGGCGGCAGCCAGGGGCGCAGCCUCGGCGGGACCUGCCAGCCCCGCGGCGGCGGCAGCGCCGCCGGCGCCGCCGCGAAGCGGCCCGGGCUCGCUCCAGCCGGCGCAGCAGCAGCAAGGGCUGUCGCCACAGCAGCAGCAGGCGGGGCAGCAGCAGGGCGGCGCGCCCGGCAUGUCGCCUCGGCAGAUGAGCCGCGGCUGGGAGCUCUUGUAG